GUUUGUUUGCCAUUUUGCUGUCGUUGUUGCAUUCUGGUCGCGGCACGUAAAGGCCGAGUCAACACUUCACGUGAGGGGUAGCUGAUGAGCAAACAACAUUUAAUGCUGCCAGAUCUUCAUUGCGAACUUAUUUAAAGAGUGCUAUUACGGGAUCAUUGUUUGCUGAUUGUUGCCUGAGUGUCAGCAUGGGAAAUUAAGGAUCUUAGAGGGAUGCACGGUUGCCGUUUACUUUAGACUUACAAUAAUAUUUUUGUUAUUGAAUCUUUGUUGUUGACUUUUGUUGUAUGCGAAUUUGGGUUGUUUAUUAUGUUGCUAGGUUGACAACAAUUUGUAUUUUCCUUUGUUAAACUUUUCUUUCUUUUGUAGGUUCUGUUUUGGAUUUGCUUUACCAUCAGUGGCCACUGGGUUCCCUGCACUGUGUGGAUGGCGGUGGAGAAAAGGUGGUUGGGAUUGUGUGGUGAUUUGGUCACUGUUGAUUUUUGUGUUUUUUAGGUUGCAGUGUGAUUGCUGUGAGCUGAGUGUGGUGAAAACACUGCUGCUUGGGUACCUCAUCUGUCCUCACUUUCUGGGUAACCGGUGGCCAUUAGUGGUUUGUUUUUUUCUUUUCUUUUAUUUAGUUUAUUUACUUUUUUUUUCCUCCUUAUUUGCAAUAAAGAUGGAGACAAUUUGUAUAUUACAACUUGUGGAAUAAAAGAUAAUUGUCCUUCUAAUUGUAAGUCACUUCAUUUACCCUCUGCUGAAUCAUUAACACUGACAAAAGUCAUCUGGUCACAAUUGGCGUAGUCGGCAGGACUUAUUUAAAAUUGAUUUAAUUUAGCAGAGGCUGUUGUGAAGUGUCUUACUCUAUCGAUUGUGCAACUUUAAAUGUUUUUUUGCAUAAGUUCAGUGUAAGUAAACGGUGACCGUGCAUAAAGGAUUUCGCAGACUCUGCUUUGUGGACCCUGGAUGUCAUUGUGCUGAUUGAACUGUCUUCCAGAAUUCACCAACAGAUAUGGAGCAAGAACUAAUGGACUUGAGGGAGCGGGUUCAAAGCUUACAAGCACAGAAUGAGGAGUUGAUGAGACUGCGUCCCCCAUCUAGCAGUGAUGCCCCUAGCCAACCUCACCCUUCUGUUUCUAAUGACCCAUCUUCAGUGUCUUUUAACAGAAUGCUUUAUGUGCCCCGAGAGAGGAAGUGCCCACGUUUUUAUGGGAACAUGGACUCUAACUUGAGUAUUGAGGACUGGAUUGACGAGGCUAAGGUGUGUAUUGAGGGUAGAGGUUGGGCUGAUAAAGAAAAGGUGGUCUUUCUGUUGGAUCAUCUUGGGGGAGAAGCUAGAAUGGAGGUAAAACUUCAUCCACCUGUUACUAGACAAACUCCAGAGUCUGUUUUUGAAGUUUUAAAAGAUUUGUAUGUGGGAAAACAGACAUUUGUACAAUUACAGCAGAGGUUUUAUGAGCGAAAACAGAAAGAAGGUGAAUCAUUGACUGAAUUUUCUCAUGCUUUAAUGUCAUUGAUGGACUUGAUUCUUAAUAGUAAUCCAGGUAGUGUUCCCAAUUCCGAUAGAGUGCUUCGCGAUCAGUUUGUUGAAUAUGUCCAAGAUGUAACGCUAAAAUGUGAGUUGAAACGACUUGUGAGGGAGAAGCCUUCUCUUACGUUGCUCGAGGUUCGACGUGAGGCUCUUAGAUGGGUAGAAGAGGGGAGCGGGGAAGCAACUCUUUCAUAUUCCCAGCCAUGGUGUAAUGCCACUCAAACCAGGGUAGUUGACCAGGAACCUAAGGUUAGAUUCCAGGAAUCAACAGAGUUAAAAGAAAUGAAAGAAAUGUUGAGACAGCAACAAGCACAAUUAAAUGAUCUUACCCAGCGUCUUGAUAGACUUAUGCCUACAAAGAAUGAUCCCCCUGCUGUUGCUUUACCAAGGCAAAAUACAUUGCGGCGAUGCCUACGUUGUAACAAAAUGGGGCACAUUGCCAGAUUUUGUCGUUCACCUUGGCCUACAGAGUCAAACUCCGGAUCACCUCAGGCAAAUGUAAAUGAGAUUUCAGUUGGGGAAUCCGAUACUGUAGCCCCUACUGCAAUUUUAAGCCAGAUUGUUGAAGGGACUAGGGAAGCUUCAAAGUCACCCGUUUGCCCUACUAUUUUACAGCGACUCGUGGGCAAAUGCCCUCUUGUAAAUGCACAGAUUGGGAUGGGAGUAGAUAUUUCUUGUUUGUUGGAUACAGGAUCCAUGGUAACUACGAUAACAGAGUCAUUUUUUGAGAAACAUUUCCAUCAAUUAGGGGUGAAUGGUCUUAAGAAAUGUAACUGGCUUCAAUUAAAAGCAGCUAAUGGCCUUGAGAUCCCCUAUGUGGGUUAUUUUGAAACCGACGUGAAAGUGUUGGGACAAACCCUUCGAGGACAGGGCAUUUUGGUUGUGAAAGAUCCAGUUGAUGUUUUUUUUCAUCAAAAGAAAGAAUUUACUCCUGGCCUCUUGGGCAUGAACAUUAUAGGACAAUGUUAUAAUGAUUUGUUUGAAAAACAUGGCCCAGCACUAUUUUCAGUUCCACAGGUUAGGCAGGCAGAACAAGGUUGGAGAGACUAUCCCAGUGUCACAGGGUGGAGGAUGCCCCUGUUCCUGGCUUUGUUGGGUAUGCCAGAGUGCAGUCCUGCCAACCUGUUCAGAUUCCAGCUGGAACUAUAA